GGGAGCGCGCGGCGCCUCACCAUGUCGUCCAGUGGCACCCUCAGCAACUACUACGUGGACUCGCUCAUAGGCCACGAGGGCGACGAGGUGUUCGCCGCGCGCUUCGGGCCACCGGGGCCGGGGACACAGGGCCGGCCCGCAGGUGUGGCCGAUGGCCCGCCCGCCGCCGCCGCCGAGUUCGCCUCGUGUAGUUUUGCCCCCAAAUCGACCGUGUUCUCCGCCUCGUGGUCCGCGGUGGCCGCCCAGCCCCCGGCGGCGGCGGCGGCGGCGGCGGCGACGAUGAGCGGCCUGUACCACCCGUACGUGUCCCCGCCACCCCUGGCCACCGCCGAGCCGGGCCGCUACGUGCGCUCCUGGAUGGAGCCUCUGCCCAGCUUCCCCGGCGGCGCGGGUGGUGGCGGUGGCAGUGGUGGCGGCGGUGGCGGAGGCCCGGGUCCCGUUCCCAGCCCCGGCGGCCCAGCGAACGGGCGCCACUACGGGAUUAAGCCUGAAACCGGAGCGGCCCCGGCCCCCGCCGCAGCCUCCACCUCCUCCUCCACCUCCUCGUCCUCCUCCUCCUCCAAACGGACUGAGUGCUCCGCGGUCCGCGAGUCCCAGGGGAGCGGCGGCCCAGAAUUCCCGGGCAACUCGUUCCUGCGGGACAAGGCGGCGGCGGCGGCGGCGGCGGCGGCGGCGGGAGGGAACGGGCCCGGGGUGGGAAUCGGGGCCGGGCCUGGGGCGGGAGGCUCGUCCGAGCCCUCAGCUUGCAGCGAUCACCCGAGCCCGGGCUGCCCGCUGAAGGAGGAGGAGAAGCAGCCACCGCAGCCGCCGCAGCAGCAACUUGACCCAAACAACCCCGCAGCGAACUGGAUCCACGCUCGCUCCACCCGGAAAAAGCGCUGUCCCUACACCAAAUACCAGACGCUAGAGCUGGAGAAGGAAUUCCUCUUCAACAUGUACCUCACCCGGGACCGGCGCUACGAGGUGGCCAGGAUUCUGAACCUUACAGAGAGACAAGUCAAAAUCUGGUUCCAGAACCGUAGGAUGAAAAUGAAAAAGAUGAGCAAGGAGAAAUGCCCCAAAGGAGACUGA